AUGGGGCUCGACUGGGUGGUGCUGGGUGACUUCCAGAUGGCCCCGGAGGUGCUGCUCGGGCAGGGGUGGUUACGCCUCGUCGGAGGCCAAUGCAUCGCGCCCACGGCUGCCACGUGCCACGUCGCCAAGCCAGGGUCGACCAUCGACUUCUUCUUGGUUUCACGCCACCUCGUGCCCAGGCUCCCUGACCUUCCAGAUGUGGACAACUCCACCAAGCUGUGGCCACAUGCGCCGGUGACAUUGGCCCUGCGACAUCCGCAGCUCCAGCAGGAGGCGUGGGUUCGACAGCUGGUUCAGCCCAGGCAGCUGCCAGUGGUGCCCCCGGUGGGGUGCGCGCGAUUUCCGUGGGCCUCCUGGACAGAGGUCCUCCGGUCGGUGGCGCAUGCGGAAGCGGCUGACCAGCUGGCGGUAGCAUGGGACCUGGUGCUGCGUGGCAUCACCCACGAGCUCCUGGACAGGCACGACAUCGUCACAGCUUGGGUCAUUGCUGCCCGCUGGUCCAAUCACCUGGCCGCGGUCCACAAGUACCUGAUGACAACUACGCAGCGGCUGCAGGCACUCUCUGAGCCCAGCGCCAGCUCGCAGUGCCAGGGCCCUCAGACCGCGCAUGCCCCAGCGCAUAGGACGAAGCAGCUGGCCUUGCAGGAGAAGCUGCUCAAGGGCUUGGCCACUGCGUUGUACCAGCUCGACGGCUACGUGCGCAAGAUCCGGCAGUCCACCGCGGUCCUCCGCCAGCUCGACGACAAGUAUCGACAGUUCCUCGAGCUGGGGCUGGACAUGUUCGCACAGCCCGGUUGCCACACCCUCUGGGAGGAGAUCGGUGCACGCGGCGCCCAGCAGCAGAAGGCAGCGGAACUCCAGUCCCAGAAGUCGUGGCAGUCCUGGGCUAAGGAUGCGUUUCUGGGCGGGGCAGGCCUCGCGCAUCGUACCAGCAAGGUGCGAGUGCAGGAGGAGGUCACCCCCAAUGCCGGCCAGGCGGGGCAACCCUUCGAGGUCGCCGACGCGGAGAUGGCAAAGUGGCAGGAAAUUUGGGACACCAACCAGUUGGCCCCUCUCGAGCGCCCCUCGCAGUACGAUGCCUGGGGGCCGCUGCCCGCCAUCACCGUGGAGCACCUCCGCGGCGCAACUCGCAGCUUCAAGGCGAGCACGGCCCGCGGGCCUUCGAGGCUGGCGCCCCGGUCGCUGGACCAGCUCUCGGACGAGGAUGCUUGCACCAUCUUGCGAUCGCUAGUGGACGAUGUGACGUUGCAGUGGGCAGGGCAGCCAGGCCCGGGCGUCCGCGCCCUGGCCCGGACCACGGCGAGUUUCCUCAAGGACUUGGAGGCCCUUCACCUCCGCGUGCAGCGGUCCAAGUUGGGCUUCGUGGCCACCGAGCGCAAGGUUGCGCAGAUCUUCCGAGGAGCGACGCGGGCACUCCGCAUCCCCAGGAAGGCGUGGGCUCGCAACCUCGGCCACGAGGUAUUCGGCACCCGCCCCCUCCGCACGCAGGAGCGGAGGCGACUGCGGGCCCUCCACGCGCGCAGGCGGCGGCUCGCCAUGCUGCGCCAGGCUGCUGGGCGGCGUGCGGCGCGUCUCCAGACCACUGGGCUUACCCCUGCUGUGGGGCAUGGCGCUGGCGUCAGCGGCGUCGCCGAGGGCAGGCUGAAGGUGAUCCGCACGGCGGCGGGCGCGCUGGCAGGGCAUCGCCCGUUCUCCAGUCUCACCGGCACGCUGAUGACGCAGACUUCGGCCAGAUACGACCCCUUGUUCGCCAUCACCACGGAGCUCGUGGUCCGAUAUGCAGGCUGGUGGUGGGAGGGCCGGGCCAGCGCAUCCGAUAGGCAGUGCGCUUGGAGCCGCGCCCACGCCGAGUUGCAGCAGGACCCCUCCUGGGCGCGCGUGCGGGGGCCCAUUGCCGCGGUGUACUUGACCCUCCAGCGGAUCAACUGGACGAUGCAGGCUGCGCACUCGCUCGUCGACGACAUAGGUUGCUCGUUCUCCCUCCUGGACACGGCCCCGAGGGACAUCCUAGAUGCCCUCCGCCAGAGCAUCCAACGCUGGCAGUGCAGGCAGCUGACCCAGACCCUGCCAGAGGCGAACGGUGAGCUGCUCUGGCCGCGGGCUAUCGACGCGCGCCUUCGGGGCCCGCGCGGGGUCAAGGGGCCGAAGGCACAAGGCGCUCUGCAGUGCCUCUGGGCUUAUGUCGGCAGGGCAUCCUAG